CGGCCUCGCCGCGUGCGCCCGACCCCCGCGCGCGCGCGCUCUUCCUGUUUUUUCUUUCACACUUCUUCAAUCCUAUAAAACCAGCUCCUCCCUCUCCGUCGCAAUAUCGAAUUCCAUCGCUUCCCUUGCAAGCUAAGUAAUCCUCGACCUCGAUCAUUUUCCUGCUGAAAAAAGAUCGCCGAGCUGUUCGACCGGAGAUCGACGACGAGAAUGAGUCGCGACGCGAUCGACCUCCGGCUUCGCCUCGGCAACGCGAGCGCUGACGGCGACCGCCGUUCGAGCACGCCCAGAUUUUGCGGAGUGGAGCAGCAGGGGAAUCAACAGAUCACCAUUUUUUACAAUGGCCAGAUUUGUAUCCGCAACGUCACAGACCUUCAGGCGAGAGCAAUCAUCUGCAUGGCCACGAAAGAGAUGGACGAUCAAUGGAGGAAGGAGAGUACACAAGCAAAGGAGAAGGAAUCCUCACCCUCCCAGCUGCUGCUUCAUCAUCGCUCGUCGGUGCGACGACCGCCUCUAUCUAUGGAGCAGCAGCUCCUCAUGAACCCUAAGCUUCCGAUGAAGCGAUCACUGCAGCGGUUUCUCCAGAAGAGGAAGUCCAGAUCACUUGCUAUAUCGCCUUAUUAUAUGCACACUUCAGAACCUUUGUCCUCCAUCAAAUCUUGAUACCCACAUGUAAUUCUACUUGGAAAAUAGAUUUUUUUUUAAAGUAUUUAAUAAUACUGGAUAGAUUUAGUUAUAUAAA